AUGCCUCCCUUCCAGUCGAAGAAGUUCCGGCCCUCGACGACGGCCGCCUCGUCGCUGGGCGAGCGCCUGGGAGCGCGGUACCGGGCCAACCUGUCUCGACACCCCUUCCUGCUCUUCGGCCUCCCGUUCGUGAGCGUGAUGGUGGCGGGCUCGUUCUUCCUGACUCCGGCGACGGCGCUGCGCUACGAGCGACACGACCGGCGGGUGCAGCAGCUGGGCAAGGAGGAGGCGAUGGCCCUGGGCUUGCGCGGCGCGGACGAGGACGCCAGCCAGGUGCGCCGGAACCCGCGGCGACGCAUCCUGGGCGACGAGCGCGAGGAGUACUACAAGCUGAUGGCCAAGGACCUGGACAGCUGGGAGCAGAAGCGGGUGCAGCGCUUCAAGGGCGAGCCGGACGGGCGUCUCGCCUAG